AUGGUAAUGACAACGACCGGAACAAGGGAUACCGCUGUGCUGAGGCCACUUCCGGUCGUACAGGAUGACGUGUUCCGGUUGUCGCCCGUACCAGCAGAUGGACCUCUUUACAAAUGUCCGGUGUCUACUCCAAUGAACGAGACCAAAAGACCAUUACAUCAUGUCAAGAUUCCAGAAAGUGUUAAAUUUGUGUCUAUAGACUGUAGCCAAAUAGAGAGUUCACCGAGACAUACUAUUCAUCGACCGGGAACGAAAGUUUCAUCUAAAUUUAAAUCUCCAUUUCGCCAUGCACGCAAGAAAAACUUCGAUUACUAUUAUGUGGAUAAGAAGUUUCAAACAAAACUUUCUGGAGAAACAAAUACAACAUGGUUGAAAUCGUUAUGUUCUCAGCCCGUUGACGAGAUAUUUGGAAAAUACAGGCCAAAUGCGACACCGGCAGCAUCACGACAACCGUCAGAAAGCCGAAUGAGUCGAAAUUUUUCGACCCCUGGGGAAUUAGCAAUUAAGGAGGCAUGGGAAGUGAAUAGUUUAAAACGAAUUGGUUCUGCAACCUCUCGUGCUUCUAGGAUAUCUAAAAACAGCCAAUUGACGGAACGCACAGUGUCACCAAAUUUCACAAUCAUCUCCAAACCAUACUUAAGACCACAUAGUGACAGAGUUGAUAGUCGUGUUGACGCAGUCCCUCAUCCUCCAUCUCUCGGAAAUACAGAGGAAAACAGCAGGGCGCCCUCUCGUGGAUCGUUCUAUAUUACAAAAGACCCAGAUGAUCAAAUGGACAUUCAUCCGUACAUAAAUACUUCCUCUUACGAGUCUUACAAACGAAAGGAUAGGAAACUACCGGAUAUACACAAAAACAGAAGGGUUAAUGGAAGUGUUCCAAUCCAGCGGAAGUACUUAACAAAAACUUCCGGUUAUGGACUAGCGCGUCGCUCUUCACCGGUAAUGAGGUUUUCCGGAAGUGUAAAAAUCUUCGAUAGAAUCUCCAGUCCGCGGACUGAAAGCAAAAACAACUGUACACUCUGUGCUUUAAACGAUACGAAACACAAACAUUGA